GAUAUUUUUGGACCUUGGUUCUUGGUUGUGUUAUAUUGUUGUUGUGUUACCCCGCUCUGAAUCUAUUUUAUAGAAUCUGAUACAUUAUCGAUCUUGCUUGCUCUUGAUAGUAUUCUAACUACUUAGAACCUUUGAUAACUUGCACAACUUCUACACCUUCUACACCUUCUACACCUUCUACACCUUCUACAUACACACAGAUUUCGAACCAUUUAAUCCCGUUCUCGAACUCAGCUAUUUACAAGCAAUCAUGUCCGGCUACGGAAACGAAGAGCAGUCUGACAGCUACGGCGGACAAUCUGAUAACUAUGGCGCUCAACAGGAGAGUGAUUAUGGAAAUAGAGAUAAUGAUACUCAGUCUGGUGGUUAUGGAGGUACUAGGAACAAUUACACAAGUGGUGGUCUAGGUGGCGAUGAUAAUGAUAAUGAGUCGGGUGAUGCUUAUGGCAGCACCAGAGAUGAUGGUUAUGGUAGUACCAGGAAGAAUGACACGAGCAGUGGCUUUGGUCAGGAUAAUACAUUAUCUGGUGAUGACUAUGGUAGUACUCGAAAGGAUGACACGAGUGGCGGCUUGAACGAUGACAAUUUCUCAUCUGGCGAUACUUAUGGUAGUACCAGAGGCGAUAAGUACGGCAGCACCGGAAAAGAUGAUGCAACAAGUGGAUUUGGUCAAGCAAAUACCUCAUCUGGAGAUGCGUAUGACAGCACCGAAAACAAUAAUACCAGGAGUGGAUUUGGCCAAGACAACAUCUCAUCUGAGGAUACAUAUGGUAGCAUUGGAAGAGACAAUACAACAUCUGAUGAUACAUACAGCAGAAGCAGAAAGGAUGACACAAGCAGCAGCUACAACAAUGAUGUCACACCCUCGGGUGGUGCAUUUGGCUCUACCAUUGGUGCUGGAAGCGAUUCAUAUGAUAAUGACAAGGUUGGUGGAUAUGAAGGAGUCAAGGCUGGCUCUUCUGGAUAUGGUGAUAAUGUUACUGGUGAUAGUGACGUCUCAGACGGAUAUGGUAGAGAUAAGAAUGAUUCUCGGAGCUUGGGCGGAAGUGGUGAUAAUGCUUUAUCUGGAGGUUAUGGUGGUGAUGACAAUCAAACCUCCAGUGGUUAUGGAGCCACCAAGUCUGGUUAUGGAGCGGAAGAUUAUGAUGGCAACGAUCAGACAAACUCUGGUGGAUAUGGUGAUAACGGCCAGGGUAAGUCUGGAUUGAAGAAAGGCUUGGAAAUUGCCAAAGAAUUGUUCCAUAAGAACUGAAGUAAUGGUGAUGAUUUGGGGAUGCGACGAUCGAUGAGUAUGAAAUUUUCUUUUCAGCUUUCGCGGGGGGUAUGCUGGGAAUUUGUUUACACUCACACACACAGUUUUUCUGGGAAGCGAUGAUAUUAACUCUGCUCGAUUAUCUGGGACACUGGUACAUGAAGGCAUGAAGAUGUUUGGGAUGCGAAGACUUUUAUGAUUUAUUCAAAUUAUCUAGGGAUUUUAAAGUGGAUACUGGGAUGCGGAGAUGUUCGCAGUGCGAUGAAUUUCAGACAAUGAUAUUUCCUAAGGGCUGUAGUUUCCCAAUGAAUUUCACUUUGGCCA